CUCCCCAAUCCCAUCCACCCUGCAGUGAUGGCGGUGGGUGGGGCCCAGGCCCGCCCUGUUCUCCAGACUUCCCCCUUCAGGGCUCCCAGCCUGAGGACUGACCCGGCCUGGCACCCACCAGCAGCCAACAGGCUGCUGAAAGUUUUAACCCCAGACCCCAAGGUCAUCCCCUCCCCAAUCCCAUCCACCCUGCAGUGAUGGCGGCGGGUGGGGCCCAGGCCCGCCCUGUUCUCCAGACUUCCCCCUUCAGUGUACUCACCAUAAAGGGAGCAGCCUCUGGAGCUCAGGCAGGCGGGGACAGCUCACCGAGUGUAUGUGGUGGCUGGAAUAGGGACUAAAGGAGCAUUUUGAACCAAGGGCCAAGAAAGAGGAACCCAGAACCAGGAAUUGUGACUCAUGAGAGCCAGCUCUGUAAGGGAUGCUAUGGAAUAUGAUGCGAAGCUGGCCCGGUUCCGGCAGGCCCACCUCAACCCUUUCAACAAGCAGCCAGGGCCACGGCAGCAUGAGCAGGGGCCUCAUGAGGAAAUCUUGGAGAUUGCUUCUGAAGAGGCCCUGUCUGAGUUACCCCCUGGGGAGCCGGAGUUCCGAUGCACUGAGCGCGUGAUGGAUCUUGGGCUUUCUGAAGACCACUUCUCUCGGCCCAUGGGCACAUUCUCAGCUUCUGACAUCCAGCAGCUGAGGCAGGCGAUCGAGGAAUGCAAGCAAGUGAUUCUGGAGCUGCCCGAACAAUCGGAGAAGCAGAAGGAUGCUGUGGUGAGGCUCAUCCACCUCCGGCUGAAGCUCCAGGAGCUGAAGGAUCCCAAUGAGGAUGAACCCAACAUCCGAGUUCUCCUGCAGCACCGCUUCUACAAGGAGAAGAGCAAGGGCGUCAAGCAAACCUGUGACAAGUGCAACACCAUCAUCUGGGGGCUCCUUCAGACCUGGUACACCUGCACAGGGUGUUACUACCGUUGUCACAGCAAGUGCUUGAACCUCAUAUCCAAGCCCUGCGUGAGCUCCAAAGUCAGCCACCAAGCUGAGUAUGAGCUGAGCAUCUGCCCUGAGACCGGGCUGGACAGCCAGGACUACCGCUGUGCCGAAUGCCGGGCGCCCAUUUCCCUGCGGGGUGUGCCUAGCGAGGCGCGGCAAUGUGACUACACCGGCCAGUACUUCUGCAGCCACUGCCACUGGAACGACCUGGCUGUCAUCCCUGCACGUGUCGUCCACAACUGGGACUUUGAGCCCCGCAAGGUGUCUCGCUGCAGCAUGCGUUACCUGACGCUCAUGGUAUCCCGGCCAGUGCUCAGGCUCCGAGAGAUCAACCCUUUGCUGUUCAAUUAUGUGGAAGAGCUGGUGGAGAUCCGGAAGCUGCGCCAGGACAUCCUGCUCAUGAAGCCUUACUUCAUCACCUGCAGGGAGGCCAUGGAGGCUCGUCUGCUGCUGCAGCUCCAGGAUCGGCAGCAUUUUGUGGAGAACGACGAGAUGUACUCCGUCCAGGACCUCCUGGACGUGCACUUGGGCCGCCUGGGCUGCUCGCUCACUGAGAUCCACACUCUGUUUGCCAAGCACAUCAAGCUGGACUGCGAGCGGUGCCAGGCCAAGGGCUUCGUGUGUGAGCUGUGCAGAGAGGGUGACGUGCUGUUCCCGUUCGAUAGCCACACAUCCGUGUGUACCGACUGCUCGGCCGUCUUCCACAGGGACUGCUACUAUGACAACUCGACCACGUGUCCCAAGUGUGCGCGGCUCAGCCUACGGAAGCAGUCACUCUUCCAGGAUCCUGGUCCAGAGGAGGACGUUUAGUGCACUGGGGGAUAGCACCAGGCACCUCCACCUGCCUGCAUAGCACACACCUUGUUCGGCCUUGCCAAAGUCAAGGUGUGCAUUCUGCUGUGGCGACCGCCGGGGUGUAGUCUUGGACCUCUUCACCCCUGCUGUACCAGAGGUGGGUGAGCAGUGCUCACAAGGACCGCCAGCCCUCGUGUGCUUGCUGGGACUCUGACAGCUGCACUUGGCUGUUACCUGGCUGUGAGGCUGGGAAGGGUUGCUGUGUGGUCCCUGCUGGCCUCCAUGGGUUAUGGGGAAGGGUUUCUCAUGUCCCCCAUGGCAUAGAGCUCUUAUUCUCAUGGGACCAAUGCUUCUGAGCCCAAAAGAUGCCCCUGCAUUUGUCCUGGCUACCAUAACAGCUGGGCUGUGACCCACAGGGCAGUUGAGAGAGCAGCCAUUGAUAGCAGAGUAUGCUUGCUGUACCUGGCAGCCUUGAGCCUGUUUCAUGUCUGCUGAGUGGAUUGGGAUCUACCAGCCCAUCCCUCUGGGGGCUCCUGGGUGUCACUGACUCAGGCUGUUCAGGGUCAUUCCCCAGAGACCUGCUCAUGGUUCUUCCAAGUCCUCAGACUGUCAUUCCUUUCUGUGACAGAGGGAAGGAAAGGGCUGUGGCGCUUUACCCUGCUGUGCACCUGCUGUGUUCCUGCCAUGGCCCAGCCCACCUUAUCCUGGUGCUCCAAGCUGGUGGUUGGGGGCCCAGCCCAAGGAGGGUGUCCCAUGCUUCAGUGUGUAGCAGAUGGUCUGCUGUGAAGAGGUUUGAGGUUAGGCCCAAGGGUUGGUCAGUUAUGGCAGGCCUGAGUGGCAGUUUGUGAGAUCAAGUCUCAGAGGAGCUCCAUCCUUUUGCCAUCCUGGGCUGUACCCUGUGAGGAUGGCUCAGGUUCCUGUGGUGUCCAUUCAGUUCCUAGGCUUACUGUCAGAGCUAGUCAUCUGAGGUCAGGAGCUGGGGAUGUUUGCUUGAGGGUCUCCCUGGCAGUAAGCCUGGUAUCUGAGGUAUGGGUGAUCUGCCCCAUAUGAGAAAGGGCCCCUGGGCAGCUGGUGGGGCCACCCUGGGACUGGUCAUCUCCCAUUUCCCACCCCUAGAAAGCAGGGGUUGCUGUGUCUGUCCUUUCUCUCUCUGUCCUGGACUGCUUGGCUGUUGAUGCAAAGGGCAGGGUAUCCGUGACCUUUGACUUGGGAACCCGAGAAGAGAGCUCGUAAGAGCAGUCAGUUCUGCUCAUUCAAGGAAUGAAUGAAACACUGUCACCUUCCUCUUGCCCCUCUGCCUUCAGGUGGCUGUUCAGGCCAGACCUCUGGAAAAUGGAGGUGGCAGGAGGCACCUGUCUCGGGGGAGAACAGUGGGAGCAAGUCUGGUGAAGUCCUGUUAAGAGUCUGUUGUGAGGCUGAGUCAGGGCGGACUUCCCCUUUCUGUGGUCUAAGAAGGGGUUUAGGGCCUGAUGCCCUUUUCUUAUACUGCAAACCUGCGCACUUCUCACCUCUGUAACACAGCCCCAUCAAGUGGAUGUCUCCUGUGUAAUCAACAUCAUAUUGUUCCUGUUACAGAAGAUAUGUUGGCAUUUAUUGGACAGAAGGCUAGGACUUACAUUUUAUUACCCCUUCCCAUGCCGCCUGCACCAGCACCUUAUCUCUGUCUGACCCUUCUGGAUUAGAGUCUCAACUGAAUCAUGAGCAUUGCCUUUCUGAGAGUCCACAGCAGGGUGUGAAGGACCUAGCAAGGAAUUGUAUCACCUGGCCCAAGCACAGCCAAGUGUGGUCCCACAGCUUGCAGCAGGCUGGCUUGAAAGCUGGGACAGUGCCACGGUCAUUAUCUCAUUAAAUAGGUAUCCUCUACACUGUACUGUGUGUGGUGAGUCUGGGACAAAGCUUAGAGUCAAUUCAG